AUGCAGAAUUAUUUGCGCUGGACUGGCGACUUGGAAGGCGUGAUCGAGCAGAAUGGUCAGUUUUCUGCUAACUGCUCUAGGGAGCUACCUGCUUUCUGGCUGGCACCUCCAUGUCGACGCAAUCAUUCAUUGUGCAUCCCAGCGGUCAUGUCUGGGCAGGGCUCUACAGCAUAUAUCAUGCAAUGGGCCACCACCUACGGCAUUCCCAUGGCAAUUACCCAUACCUCCGAUACCUCCGAUACAUUGCAGUUGGUUCGAAAUUUCCGGAUCCUCUUCUACUGGUACGAGCCCGACUUCUAUGCCUUGGAUAUAGAUCCUAUCCGGAUGAUCCUGCCGGAGCACAGUCCCUCUGCGUGGGCUUCCGGUGAUUUCCGAACAGGAGCUACGUCCAUCUACGUUGGGAAGCUUGUCAGCUCAAGUCUUCGCACAUCUGCGCCUAGGGUGAGGAAAAUGCUGGAACACAUGAAAGUGGAAGCCCCCCAGCUGUUGCAGCUGACAAAGGGUGCUGAGGGGACUUUUGAUGUGGAUGACGACAAGCUGCGUGAAUCAGCCUGUGACUGGCUUAAGGCGAACGUCAAUAUUUGGGAGCAAUGGAUACCGGUCGCCACGGAGUGUGCAAGUACCUUUGGCUUGGCUGAUGCUGCUGGUCUUCCUGUUGCGUUUCGAGCCCAAGCCACGCAAUGCCAGGUUUGUCCAGCAGGCCGAUUUUCCAUGGCAGUGUCGGAUGAGGUAGGGCCGACAUACGUUUGUCACGAGUGUCCUGCGGGCUCCCAUCAGAGCAGACACGGCCGAAGUAUCUGUUCAGAAUGCAGCCCGGGCAGUUUCGCCCAUUCUCCGGGGCAGUCUAUUUGCUCUCCCUGCGAGAGGGGCAGCUACGUGAACAAGAGCGGGGCGACCAGGUGCUUUUCUUGCGGCCCAGACAACUCUUGGACCACCAGCCAGCCAGUGAUAGAUUCCUUUGGGGAGGAGAGAUGGGUUGAGAUAGAAGGAGCCUCCUCCAAAGCUCUCUGUAGGUGUCUCGAAGGACGAUUCCUGUCUUCAAGCGGCCAAUGCCUUGUCUGCAUGGAGGGAUCCUACUGUCCUGGCUCCGGACUCUUGGAACUUCUCCCUGGGCAUCAUUCCACUGCACGUGCCUUGCAUGCAUUUCUUUGCAAAGUGCCGUCCUCGUUCUCCUUCUCCUUCUUGUGGCCGUGGUGA